AAUUUGGGUGGACAUGAGUGGAUGGAUGGAUGGGUGGACCCAACAUGAACCAACUAAAUGAUUGUACAAAUUGACUAUGACUUCGGGGUUGCACCCCUUUGGACUUAAAAUCACCCGAAUUUGGAAGCAUCCACGAAACAGCGUAGAAGCAACGGAGAUAACGCUCGGUGGUGUAGCCCGUCCCUUUCUCGACAUCCCCAACAUGGAGAGUGGCAGCAGCAGCAAGAAGAGGAAGAUUUCCCAGGUCGACCAAGUCGAUGACGAUAAUGAAGAAGAAAAGAUAGAGAAGUUCUUUGCUCUCAUCAAGAGCUUACGGGAGGCACGCGAGCAGCUGAUGAACUGCAGCGCCGAUGCAGGGAAGAAGGAGCUGGUUGAUAACAAAAGAAUGAAGAGUACUAAACUGGAAGAGCCGUCCUUUCGAAGUGAAGAUUUCAUCGGAGUGGCUCCGGUGAAGGAAUUAGCUCCCGCCGGCUUGGUUGGUUCUUCUCAAAGAUCGGAGAAAGAAGAGAAGGCCAAAGAAGUGUUGGAUCUCAGCCUUUCACUUUAGUAUGUAUGUAGGCCAAAUGUAGAGGAGACUAUAGCUACUAGCAAGUCACUAGGUAACUGGCAUGUCAUCCUUUUCAAUUAGUUUGGAAUUAGAUUUUAUAUAUGUAUAACAUGCUUUUGUUUAUUGAAACUCGAUCUUCUUAUAUCUCUAAUUAUAAUAUAUGGUAGUCAAAAUC